UUAGAGGAAGUGUGUCAGAGGAAGUUAUCAUGUCUCUAGAAGUGAAGGAGAAGAUGGAGGUGCGUCUGGUGUUCCUGGGGGCGGCCGGCGUGGGGAAGACGGCCCUGAUCAGCCGCUUUCUCCAGGACACAUUCGAACCCAAGCACCGGCGCACUGUGGAGGAACUGCACAGCAAAGAGUUCGACAUCGGAGGGGCCAAGGUCACCAUCCACAUCAUGGAUACCAGCGGCAGCUACUCCUUCCCGGCUAUGAGGAAGCUCUGCAUUCAGAACAGUGACGCGUUCGCCCUUGUGUACGCCAUCAAUGACCCUGACUCCCUGGAGGCUGUCAAGAGCCUGCGAGACGAGAUCCUGGCGGUCAAAGAAGACAAGUUCACACCCAUCGUGGUGGUCGGCAACAAGACGGACCGGCAUGGCGAGCGGACGGUGUCCAGCGAAGACGUGCUGUCCACUGUGGAGCUGGACUGGAACAACAGCUUCUUGGAGACGUCUGCCAAGGAGAACAACAACGUACUGGAGGUGUUCAGGGAGCUGCUGCAACAAGCCAACCUGCCCAGCCGGCUGAGCCCAGCACUGAGACGACGCAGGGAGACCUUCCCCAAAGAUGGCAACAAACGGCCCCCCAUGAACAAGACCAACAGCUGCCUCAUUUCCUAAGGCAGAGGGGCUGGAGGGGUCUGACAGACAGACAAAGACAGACAGGGGCCAGAGAGGCUGAGGAUGGGGACCCGAAGCUGGUUCAGUGUUACAGACAAACACAGUGGUGUUGAAUGUGCUACUACUGCUGCUGCUAUAGACCGUGCUGCUGAGUUGGAGUCUGACGGCUUCAAUUCCCUGUAAGCCUCCUCAUCUAACCAUCCUAAGUAUCUCCACCACAGCAUUUCCACUGAGGUAGAGGAAAGGAACACUGACUGUUAAAGGGGAACCGGAACUAAUGACAUUACACAGGUGCGGGACAUUGAUAAAGCUGAAACUAAAUGAAAGAAGUGCAAGAACACUGAAUGUCCUGAAUGUGGUGGUGUCAUUGUUAAAAAAUAUACUGUGACAGUGCAAAAGUGGCAAUGAGCUUACUUUGUCAAGUUUUCAAUCUAUGUCCUACUAUGUUACUGUUGUGUUUGCCUUUUGUAAGUGUCGACGGUGUUCACUUGCAAUAACUGUGAAGAUAGACAGUUGUGGCUAAUUGGGCAAAAGCUGAAUUUGAACAUUGUGUCAUGAGAGCUUUUUUAUUCAUCAAGUGAAGUUUCUUUGUGACAAAUCUUUAUUUUGCUUGUCAUUGUCUGAAUCAACUCUGGUUGCGUUCCUCAUUCUAUAAUACCAAUUUGUUGUUUGGCAAUAUUCAUAUGCACUUGGAGUUAUU